UUUCCCCAGGUACCCUCCACUGAGAUGAAACUGAAGACGUUUCAUUUUAUACGUUCAUAUUUUUCGAAAGUCAUGAUCUUCUGUUUGAUAAAGGGAUACCAGAGAAUGUGGGGAUACUGCCAAUAGGAACGUAUCUCAGAGGUUGAGAUUUCCGGACAGAAUUAGGGGACGGAUCUGAUCAUUGACGUCACAUCCCGUCCCAUGGCCGCUGCCGAGAGACAUGACAUUUGUCCCAUUUGUCCACUGUCUAAUGUUUAUCCAAACCCGAGAUAUCUUGGCCCACAGAUGCAGUGCUAAGUAGCAGACUGGAAGAGAAAGUAUGGCAGCUUCAAGAACUGGACACCUGCUCUUAGCCCGACUGCUCGGGACAUCUACGAAACAACUUGUUUGGGCAUCUGCUUCACCCUUUUGGUCUGUUCCUCGCAGGGGAUAUUGGCGACCUGGUCAACCCAGGGAGAGAAAAUGGUUAUGGCAAAGGAUUAACUUUGAUUUCGCUAAAGGGGUAGAUGGAGUGCGGAAAAACGUGGGACUGUUAAAAGAUGAGUUUCUGCAGCGCUGGGUCGGACCUGAAGGCAAGCCUCUUCUUGAGCACAUGUUAGAGCAGACGCGGGUGUUGUGGGAAUUUCGUGGACCAGAGAGCCUGAAUCAGUGGCUUGUUUCCUCUGAUCGGGAAAUUGGUGGUCGCAGCGAGGUCUAUCUGAAACUGGGUAGAAACAACAAUACCUGUCUUCUGUACGGCACGCUAUGCUCUGCCCCGCCAAGGGAUGGAGAAACUCGCUACAGUGGGUACUGCACGAUGCGCUCAGAGCAGCUUCGUGCCUCGUUUGAUAGGAAGAAACACCACGACGUGUCCAACUUUAACACGUUACAUUUGCGUGUACGUGGUGACGGGCGACCUUGGAUGAUAAACAUCGGAGUAGAGAACUACUUCCACCAUCAGAGAGAUGACAUCUAUAGCUAUUUUCUAUAUACACGCGGGGGCCCAUACUGGCAAGAUGUCAAGAUCCCAUUUUCUAAGUUUUUCCUGGCCACCCGUGGGAGAAUACAGGACGAUCAACACUGUCUUCUACUAGACAAAAUGAACACCAUUGGAUUCACACUUGGGGACAAAGCAGACGGGCCAUUCCAGCUGGAGAUUGAUUUCAUUGGAGUGUGUAACGACCCUGCCCACACUGAGGACUUUGCUUAUGAGGUUUAUAAGAGAAAUCCAGAAGUGUGACAGGCAUCGCACAGAUCAUUAUAUCACACCAUCUUAAAUAUCCGACUGUUGUAAAUUAUAUUACAGUAUUGUCCAGAAAACAGACAAAGCAUAAUAAUUCCAUCUAGCUAUUUAAUGAAACCAUUUUCAUAAUAAAAGCACUGAAUUUGAAAAAAA